UCGUUGGGGCUGGGGCUGGGAUGGGUGGGCUUUGCUUGCCUGAAAAGCUCGUCCGGGGAAAAGGUUUCCUCUUCCGGGCUUCACGUAGGUGGCCAUAGGCGACACUGCCUCUCGCUUCCUUUCACUGAUCCAACUGCCAUCGCCCACCACCCACCGACUCCCCCGCCGCUGCCGCUGCCUUGGCGCUACGCCGCUGGCUCUUUUCUGCCUGCGCGCAGUCCGGCAUCCUCCUCUGCUCGGCCCUCCUCCCAUGCUUCCUCGCCUCGCGCCUCUCUAAAAGCUUUCUCCUCUUUUACCUCCCGACGAGAAAGCCAAAGACAAAUAUAUUUUCUGGGGUUGCCAAGUCAAAUCUUUUGCUUUCUUCUUCAACCUUCCAAGAACUCGCUCGUCCUCCCAGCAGGUAGGAAUAGGAUCGGUCGUCGCGCCAUGGGGCGGGCCAUGAGGUGGCUCAGGAAGUUGCUCAACGGGGGCGGCGGCAAGAAGGAAGGGGCCAAGGAGCAGAGCGCCGCCGCGCCGCCGAUCGAGAGGAGGAGAUGGAGUUUCGCCAAGGCCAGGAGCAGCGUCGCCGACGCCAGCCGCAGGCCUUCCGUCACCGCCGUGGUCGCCGGCGAGCUCUCCCAGUCUCAGGCGAGGCCGUGCGGCUGCGGCCAGGCGCGCGAGACCGAGGCCGCCGUCUUGAUCCAGAAGGCCUUCAGGGGCUACCUGGCCAGGAAGGCUCUCCGCGCUCUCAAGUCGCUGGUGAAGCUGCAAGCCCUGGUGCGCGGCUACCUGGUGAGGAAGCAGGCGGCCACGACGCUGCACCGGCUGCAGGCGCUCAUGAGGUUGCAGGCCUCCUCGCAGGCCCUCAAGAACCUCUCCUCCCGGAGGUCCAUCGAGCAGGAGCGGAAGACGUCGGCGCCGGUGGCGCACCGCCGGAGGCUGUCGGAGGGCGGCGCCGGGGACGACCGCAGCCCCCGGAUCGUGGAGAUGGACACAUGCCAGCUGCGGAGCCGGUCGUCGCGGAUCGCGGGCCGGUACGCGGCCGCCGACCCACAGCCACAGCCGCCGCCGCUGUCCUCGCCGCUCGCCUACUUCUGCAAGCCGCCGUCGCGGCUGCAGCUGCGGGAGCUGGAGCCGCGGCAGCCCAAGACGACCCAGAACACGCCCCGCCUCCCGGCCAUCGUGCCCGGCGGCUCGCCGGCGAAAGGGCGCCCCUCGUGCGGGGGCGGGCGGGAGUCGAGCAGCCCGCGGUACAUGGCGGAGACGGCCUCGUCCGUGGCGAGGGGCCGGUGCCAGAGCGCGCCGAGGCAGCGGCACGGCAACAACGCCGCCGGGUCGAGGAAGGCGGCGCCGCAGUCGCAGGACAGCUUCAGCUUCAAGAGCUCCGACGCGACGAGCCGCGUGGAGGACUACUCCGAGAUGAGCGACGAGGUGACCAGGGACUACUACCUCGACCAGCUCUGGUGAUGAUCGUCCGGCGCGCUGCUAAUCCGGGCGGGAAAUAAGCCCUUAACAUCAUCUCGGUAUAUAGUUAGUAGUAGUAUCAUUCAGGAUUAACAAAAUGUUUAGUAGUAGUUCUAGUUGAUGGCACGACACAUCAUCAUCGUCCUGCGAUCCGAUGUACGUAACGUAACCGCCAUUGUUGUAGCUCGGUGGAGCGUGCGAGGUUGCCAUGCCAAAGAGAAUGGGAAUAAAAUCCGUUCUGCCUC